AUGGUGUUCAUGCUCGAUGCAGCACGUAUACCAAUAGCAGGAAAUUUUGAUCCAUUUAUGAAUGAAAAUCAAUCACAUUCCAAUAAAAGUCUUCCGUCACUCGAUUUGAUUCAUAAUCAUGUUCAUCGAUCAUCGGAGACAAAUGACACUCAUUCGAUUUCAAAUAAUACUCGAUUAGAAGAAGCUGGUCCAUCAUUAGAUCUGAUUGAUUCACAUGCACAUGAUGAUCAUGAUGAUGAUGAUGCAUCUGUUGUUGAAAUUGCAAAACGUUUAAUUCAACCAUCAAUUGAUUUUCUUGAUGCACAAUUACAUGAUGGUGAUGAACAUGCUCAUAAUGAUGAAAAUCAUACAAAUGAAAAGGCAGCGGAUUUAAAUGAUUUCCAGAAUUGGUUAAAAGAACAAAAUCAAACUGAUCAAUUACAACGUUUUUUAUUAUUACAAAAAGAAAUCAAUCAGUUUGCUCUUGGUGAUAAACAAGAUUUAAAUAAUAAACUUAAUCGAACAAUUGAAGAACUUAAAUCAACGAUUAAAAAUUAUCAGGAACGAAAACAUGAUUUAUAA